CUAGCCUCCCAAGGUAGCCCGGCGCGAGGGAUGCGCUUGAUUUAGCUGCGCAAGCGCUUAAAUAUUUGAUUGCUCAUUAUUCCGCAGCCGCUGUCAACGCUGCGAGCCCUGCUAUCGUGCCAGAGGCGUCUCGGACACAGCUCUCACCCAUCCCUGCCGGACGCCCUCCGGAACCGACUGCACCCAUGUCUCGAGUCCUGCUGGCCCUGACAUUAGUCUCGGCGCGGCGGAUGGCGCGCGGCCGCGCGGCGAACGCGGACCUCGAGGGCGCCAUCCGCGACGCCUACGUCGACAAGCACCAGGUCCACCACGGCUCGAUUACGGUCGACGGCGAGGCCGUCGAGUUUCUGGAGGCUGGUCCGAAGGACGCCGCCAAAACGGUCCUUUUCUGCCACGGCGCGGCGUUCUCGAUGGCGACGUGGCAGCACGUCGGCGUCCUGGAUGCGUUGGCGGAGGCCGGUAUGCGGGGGAUAGCUCUGAACCUGCCAGGAUACGGCGCGUCGUCGAAGACGAUCGGCGGCUGGCAAGGAAGAGCUGGCUUCGUGCGCCGCGUCGCCGAGGCCCUGGACCUGCCGUCGACGCUGAUGGUUGUUGCCGCUUCUAUGGGCGGCUCGUACGCCCUCCCCUUCGUUAUGGAUCCGGGGCCCUACAAGAUCGCCGGCUACAUAACAGCGGCGGCCCUGCGGUCGCGACAUAACGCCAAGCCCCCGUCGGUCCCGGUGCUCGGCAUUUAUGGUUCGGAGGACCAGCCGCGGCUCGACUCGGACCGGCGGGCGUGCUUCGCCGUACCCCCCUCGCCGUACGGGUGCUAUGGCAACCACACGCAACUCAUAGUGCUCGCGAACGCGCCGCACCCGUGCUACCUGCGCGACGCCGCGGCCGCGCGCCAGUUCACGAAUCUCGUCGUCGCGUUCGCGGGCGGUGCGAUGAGCAGAGACAUGGGCUCGACACCAUUGCAUGCAUACUCAGCACACGUGGCUGCCGCGACCGCGGAGCCGGCGCUGUCGGUCCGCGCCGCGUGGUGACCUAAGCUUGUGCCUG